AUGCAGAGGUCCAGAUCAUUCCUGUUCCAGGUGUGUGUGGUGGUUUAUAUCAGCUCUUGCAUCUGUAAACCUCUCAAUAACGACAUCCAGAGUGAGGAAGCUGAGGGACUCUACGCUCAGAUGUCAGAGGAGGACCUUCUGGAGGAGGAAGAGUCCAGGAUGGAGAAGCUCCUGGGAACCAUGAAGGAGGGAUUUCUGAGGAAACUCAACCUGUCGGACGUUCCUCAGGAGAACAGCAAGAUCUACCCUCCUCAGUUCAUGAUGGAGCUCUACAACAAGUACGCCUCGGACAGCUCGGCAAACCCUCAGUCUGAUGUCAUACGAAGCUUCACUGUGCAAGAUAUCCCUUUCUCUGUGACGAACAGCACAAUGUCAAAGCACAGCUUGCACUUUAACGUCAGCAUCCCCAACCAUGAAAAUAUCACUUCUGCUGAACUGCAGCUGUUCUUCUACCCGGACUCCAGGUCAAAGGUCAACUCCCCAAAUUCCAAAGCCACCGUCAAAGUCUAUGAAGUGGAUUACAACGAUUUCACCUCCACCACCCAACUGCUGGCGGGCAAAGAGGUGACGGGUUCGGAGAGCACGUGGGAGACGUUUGAUGUGACCACAGCUAUUCAGAGAUGGAUCAAAUUUGGCCACCAUGCAAUUGUUUUUGAUGUAGUGGUGGAUAGGAAGGACUGUGGGGCCUCUAACGAUGGAGAAGAAGGAGCAGGAUGUCUGAAUAUGAGCUUGUCUGUUGGAGAUAACACUUCAGCAGCUUUGAUCGUCUUCUCAGAUGAUCUUGGUAGCAGGAGAAGGGAAACAAAGAAGGAAUUAAAAGAGAUGAUUCUCCACGAAGAAGAAUCCAUCUUGCACUCGGGCGCCGAUUGGUACAAUGGAGAUGAGCUUCCCAACGAAAUCCCGGAGGCUCAGCACCCACGGAGAAGGAAAAGAAAGGCAGAGAGGGAACACUGCCAGCGGACCUCUCUCAAGGUCAACUUUAGAGACAUCGGAUGGGACAGUUGGAUCGUGGCACCUCCAGAAUACGACGCCUUCGAAUGUCGGGGCCUGUGUUACCAACCGCUGACGGGUGAAAUGAAGCCAUCGAAACACGCCCUCAUCCAGGCGCUGAUGAACAUAAGGAACCCGAAGAAAGUCAACAUGGCGUGCUGCGUCCCCAUCAAACUGGACCCCAUCACGGUCAUGUAUCAAGAGAACGGACGCCUCACUAUAAGAUAUCUGUACGAAGAGAUGAAGGUGGCAGAGUGUGGCUGCAGGUAG